UAGACCAAAUUCAGAGAAGCCAAUGUAAGUGAAACUCUGACGUUGUUGUGCAAUCAGUUGGCGCGUCUGAAAGGCCCAUGUUGGCACAUUUUACCGUUCAUACUUUUUUGUGCUUACGGUCCAAAUGGCGUUCCUGUCGUACUAUAAAUCAAGAGCGUUAAACCUAAAAGGCUGGCGAUCGAAUGAUAAUCCUACUGAAAAUGAAAAAAAAGCGAAAGUCAUGACCUUGAUCGAUCGGAUUUGCAGGUCCAUAGAUUCUAGUGACGGCAUAGAACUAACAAAAACCGAAUUAAGUAAUCGCGCAGAUAUGUGGGCAGUUGAAGCAAAUGAAAUUCUUGUCGAUGACGAAGAAGUGGAAUUUAAUCCGAGCGAUCUUGAAGACAUCGAACAUUAUUUUAAAGAAUUUGAACGGGACGGGGAAAAAGUUGAGAAUCGUAAGGAUUUCGAAAAAAUUGAAUCUUUCAUUUUAGAAGAACAGGAUUCUGGACGAAAACAGAGGGAAACGGCUCGGCUACUAGCCGCGAGUGAAGAGAUUCGCCUAGCUGCCGACGUUGCCCAGCUAAAAGAAUAUCGACUAAAACAGCAAAAAAGCUCAAAGGAUCAGAUUCUCUACGAAAAGAUCGCCGACGCCGAAAAGGCAUACGCGAAACGAAAAUUGGUCAUUGCUAAGGCUUCUCAACUGGCUGCCUCAGAUUGCCGGAAGCAGUUCAAGAGAGUCCGCGCUUUCUUCCAAUGUCUUCACGAGAGCCGCAAAGUAAAGCUUCGGAAACAAUACGAACGAUCUCUCAAAAUCCAGUCUAUGUUGCACCGAAUGCGAAACACUGAUCCCAGAGUAAUGGCAUUGGAGCAGAACACUGCGGAGCGCAUAUUCCGGAAAAAGGAAUCCGAUAUGACAGAACUAAACAUGCUUCAGAACC